AAUUACAUAUUGUGCAUUUUGACCAAACCACAUUAACCUUGUUUUAUGAAAGUCAGCUAUCUUAAUGCUGACACAUAAUGCAAAACACCAUAGAGGGGGCUAACGAAACUAGCAAUGACGUUGCAGUAAUUUUGAAACCUUUAAACAAUUUAUAUUUUAACACAUUCUGUAACAACACAUUUUCUGUAGUGCUUGUCCUCUGUCGGGUCUGCUGGCACCUAUCCAAGCUGACUUUGGACAAGAGGCUGGGUACACCAUGAACUGCUCGUCACCCAAUUGCAGGGCAGAUAUACCUGUAGACAAACAACCACACAUAUUCCCACCUACAGAGGGUGUCCCUAAUAACGUGUCCCGAGUUUGUCUGGCCUCUCUGCACGUGAACAUGCGGCCCAAGCCGAGCCCAAAGCUACUGAUCGUUGCUGGCACCCUACAGAAGUCCCACCCCAACCUCCUCUUCCUCAUCCCCAAGGAGAGCACAUUAGCUUUGGCAGUGUUGUCGGAUGCAGCAGGAAGCGGAUGCGGCGGGAUGAGAGGACGCAGACGGGAUGGAGGAGGAGGAGGAGGAGGAGGAGGAGGAGGCUUUCAAGGAGAGUGAAGGUGGAGAAGGCAGGACUGCUCUCUCGGUGGGCGAUGACACAUUCUUAGUCCUUGUGGAGGAAUAACAUCACUAAGAGGAUUGCCCUCAUGUUGUCCACGGCUCAGCAGAUGCUGCAGGACAGCCGCUCCAAGAUGAAGCUUCUCCGGCUGCACAUCAUCAAAGUGGCGCAGGCCGGAAGCGACCAAGACAAUCAAGACGCAAACAUCACAAUGCACCAAGGGACAUCUAAGGCAGAUGCCCGACUGGCCAAACUGCGUCACUACACGCAGCGCGAGCACGAUGCCCUGCGACUGGCCGAGGAUGUGCUGACGCAAAUGGACGCCGUCUCCUCGCUGGAUCAUGAGGCUCGCACGGAGGCUGAGACACGGCGCGACCAUUCGUCCCAGCGUUUGCGUCUCCUGCGGGCGUCCGUGGAGGCAUGUCUUAGGGACGGCAGGAGGGCCACCACGCCCGAGAGGACUGACACCCACUCAGAUCCGGGUCCGUGCCCGGCGACCAUCUCCAGUCAGCUGUCCAGCAGACCUGCCUCGCUGACAGGGAAGAUGGAGGUCAGAUUGCUUGGAUGUGAAGAUUUGUUUUCACCCAUUGUUGACCUAACAUCUGAGACGAGCGCCACCUUGAGGCUGGAUGGGAGAGUGGUGGGGAGGACGCGCUGGGCAGCAGCAGGCAGGCUGAACUGGGAUCAACCCUUCUUCCUCACGCUGGAGCGAUGUCGUGAGUUGGAGGUUGACGUGUUUUGGCGGGACGCCAGCAACAUGUGUGCACUCGGGUUCCUGCGCCUGGACCAGCUCCUGGACCAGCAGAACCAAAACCAGGAAGACCAAGACAACGGCCAUGUCUCCUCACAUGUGUGGCCUCUGGAGCCCAGAGGCCUCCUCCAUGCUCAGUUUGACUUCCUGGACAUGGUGGUUGAGCGACAGCACAAACUACGACGCCAGCAGUGCAUCUUCACCAAAGAAAGAGGUAAGAACUUCCUUCGUGCGGCUCAGCUGAAUGUGAACUUUUCCACCUGGGCUCACCUGAUGCUGAGCGUGCUUCCUGGUUAUGGCACCUUCACUGCUGACUCCGCCUCCAACCCCGCCCCCAAGUCAUGCAUGCCACCACCGUCAAGGUCUCCGUCGCCGCUAAGUGGGGCACCGACAAGCAGAAGUCCUCCUGGGCACCAGGAGGUGACGCAGGAUGACGGCGACGCCACAUUUAAUGAUAAAACCCCGGGAACGAUUCAGCAACAGCAGAUGUUGUCCUUCACCAGGAGAAAAGAAAGUCAAGACCACUCAGCUUCUCCUGUCAAGUGGCACAUGUCAGAUCUGCGCUAUAUGUCCGUGCUUGGUAGAGGUCAUUUUGGCAAGGUGCUGCUGGCCGAAAUGAAGCCCACGGGCCGCCUGUACGCCGUCAAGGCCUUGAAGAAGAGCGACGUGGUCACACGUGACGAGGUGGACAGCCUGAUGAGCGAGAAGAGGAUACUGGAGCUGAUCAGGACACGGCGUCAUCCUUUCCUGGUCCAGCUGCACGCCUGCUUCCAGACCAGAGAGCACGUCUGCUUCCUCAUGGACUUUCUACCCGGAGGAGACCUCAUGAUACACAUACACAACCGAGCCUUCACGCCACAGCAGACCAGGUUCUACUCGGCCUGCGUGCUGCUGGCGUUGGAGUUCCUGCAUGUCAACGAGAUCAUCUAUCGAGACCUCAAGCUGGACAACCUGCUGAUGGACGCCGACGGCUUUAUCAAAAUGACCGACUUUGGACUUUGUAAAGAAGGGAUUGGUCACGGAGAUCGCACGUCAACCUUCUGCGGAACACCUGAGUUCCUGGCGCCGGAGGUUCUGACGGACGACGACUACACGCGGGCUGUGGACUGGUGGGGGAUGGGUGUGCUCAUCUACGAGAUGCUGGUGGGCGAGUCGCCGUUCCUGGGUGAGGACGAAGAGGAAGUGUUUGACAGCAUCGUCAACGAUGACGUGACAUACCCCCCAUCGCUUCCGCCUGAUGCCGUGGCAAUAAUCCAGAAACUACUGAAGAAGAAUCCGCUGAAGAGGCUCGGUGGCGGAGAGAGAGAUGCUAACGAGUUGAAAGGGGAGACCUUCUUUGAGGACGUGGACUGGGACGCCCUCCUGUCCAAGCAAGUGUCGCCGCCUUUCCUGCCGUCCCUAAAGACGUCGGCGGACGUUAGCAACUUUGACAGCGACUUCACGCGCCUUCAGCCCGUCCUGUCUCCACCCGCCACGCCCGGGGGACUCUCGGCCCAGCAGCAGGAAGCCUUCGCCGACUUCGACUUCUGCGCCCUGCACAGCUGACCCUCAUUCGCCGGCCAACAAUCAAUCCCCGAACCACUACCGUUCCCUGGUCUUCCAGAUCUGCUUGACUGUGAUGAGCUCUGCCCA